GCCGGCUCUAAGUAUCACGUUUUGCCCGGACUACUUUUAAUGCAGGAAAACGCACUGACGUCACGUACGUUCCGGAAGAAAACAGUGACGGCGCAUUUAUUUGAUUUCAGCCAUGCACGGAAGUAGAGCUAGCGACGAAGAAGCCGACGAAAGCCAAGAGAAAUGCCCAAAGAAAAGGCAGAAAAUGUCAAAAGUGUGGGAGCAUUUUAAAUUGGACACCAAGGCGAAUACUUUUGUAUGUAUUCACUGUAAGGCGGUGCUUGUUUACCAUUACAGCACGUCUUCAAUGCUACAGCAUCUCCACCGGAGACAUCCUGUUUACUACGAGAGCGGGGGACUGAUACCCGAGACAAGUAAAUCCUCACAGUCUCGCAUGGACAAAUUCAUCUACAAAGCGCCAUUAUGUAGCCCUGAGCUAGCAGCUCAGUUUACAAACAGUAUUUUGAACAUGAUAAUCGCGGACAUGCGUCCACUAAGCAUAGUGGAGGAUGAGGGUUUUAAAGCUAUGGUUUCAACCUUCAAUCCCAAGUAUGAGCUUCCAUCAAGGACUUUCUUCACAAAACAGAUGGAGAAAAAGUAUGACUUCAUCAAAGCAAAGAUGACACAGGCUCUACGAGAGACAGACAACCUUGCACUCACUACCGAUAUUUGGACAAGCAUCUCAACAGAGGCUUAUAUCGGGGUGACAUGCCACUACAUUGGGAAGAACUGGAACAUGGUGUCCCACUCUCUGACGACGAUGCCCCUUGAAGAGAGACACACGGCUUCAAAUAUUGCAGAGUGGAUUGAGGAGGUGAUUGCCAAAUUUGACAUUCCAGCCAAGAAAAUAAAGGCUGUCGUACACGACAACGCUGCCAACGUUAUAGCAGCAGCAAAGAUAUUGGAAGACAGGAAUGGAUGGGCAUCAGUGAGAUGCGCAGGGCACACCCUCAACUUGGUUGUGCAAAGCUCACUGAAAUUCCACCAGGGUAUCUCCAAGUGUAUUGCUGCUGCGAGAAGCCUUGUUGAACACUUUAAAAAGAGUGAGCUGGCAUGCACCAAGCUGAAGGACAAGCAAAAACAAAUGGGUUGCAAGGGCAAUAUGCUUGUGCAAGAUGUCGCCACACGCUGGAACAGCACAUGUGCCAUGUUGUCCAGGCUACAAGAACAGAGAUGGCCAGUGACUGCCACACUCUCUGACCCAGCAGUGACCCAGAGAGGGAAACAUUAUCUGGAUCUCAAACCUGACCAGUGGAAUCUGAUUGAGGAGCUGAACCAGAUUCUUGAGCCUUUUGAAUCAGCCACAGUGUUUCUGAGUGGACAACAAUAGGUCACACUCUCUGCACUUCCACAUCUUGUGCACAAGCUUAAAAAGAACAUACAGAGUCCAGAACUUGAGACUUCACCUGCGAGUUCAUUCCAGACUCAUGCAACAGAACAGAUCAAAGAAAGAUGGCAAGGACUACUCUAGAUUAUUUCUGGACCUCCAAACAUCACCCUCCUUGCUGCUGCUUUGGAUCCCAGGUUUCGAAAACUGAAGUUCUUGGCUGCUGAGGAAGUAGUCAAAGUCCAAAGCGCAGUACAAACCAUGGCACUUGCAGCCAAACAGCAAGUGAGAAAGCCCACUGCAAGUAAACAGACAGACAGCACAGCAAAGGACUCCCCAAUCUCACCAACAGCACAUGGAAGGACUACAUCAUUCCUUGACUCAGACUCCACCACCAGUGACGAAGAACAAGAUGAGGAGCAGCAGUUACUCCAAGCUGUACAUCAGGAGGUCCUCAUGUAUUUUGGAGAACAUCCCCUUUCCAAGAAGGAAAAUCCACUGACUUGGUGGGAGAAGAAUGCAGCACGCUAUCCAACAGUGGCAGAGCUGGCAAGGUCCCUGCUGUCUAUUCCAGCGACAUCAACACCAUCAGAGCGUCUGUUUUCAGCUGCAGGUAACAUUGUAUCAAAGAAGAGGGCAAGCCUCAGCCCUGAGCAUGUUGAUAUGCUUACAUUCCUACACUGCAAUAAAGAGCUCCUCUAGAGGUUUGUACACACAUGCCAUGAGAGACUGGUUGCACUGACUUGUUCUAGGUUCAAAUGUUUUUGGAAUUGUAAAGGAGAAGACUGUUAAGCCUGUAAAUUCUGUUACCCGUAACCAAAGUAUUUUUAUUUUUUUAUUCAGGCCAAAUGUUUUGGUGCUUACAAGAAUACACUAAGUUGAAUGUUAUAUAAUUUUAUAUUUAUUUAUUUUUUUUCUAGUGACAUCUGAGUUGCAAUUUUUGGCUGUUAAUGUCCAUCUAAAAUAAAG